AUGAAACAAACUGCCUCCGUCGAUCGGUAUUUCCUCGUAGUUAUCCUUUUCGCCAAUGCGUUCGCCGAUAAAGUAGUGUUCCAGUUUCCGGAAUAUGAUUUUAAAGAAAGUAGCAAAAAUGAACUGAAAUUCCGGGAGUACGAGUCGGCCUGCGAACAAAGUUACCGCUGUGCGACGCUCGAUGGCAUCGAGAGGACCAGAUGCGUGCGGGAGUGUAUGUCCCCUUCCUGCUAUCAGGAAAUUUACAAAUUUGAUGAGCUCGAAGAAGGUGAAAUCGAUGUACGACUGAAUUCCUUCCGUGCCUGCUUCAUGCAACGAGUGAACCGCAAUCGUGACUAAAUGUCUCCUGCCCUUCAAUCACCACACACACACUAGGCGCAUGGUUCCUUCGCACCGGGCAGAUGGGUAGAUGAAAAGUAUCAGUAAUAUCUGUUCAGUAUUAAAUCGUCACUAGUAUGGAGCGAGUAUUCCAGGACCCACUUACCUUCUGACUUAACUGAUCAAUCA